AACCUGUUUACCUUUUACAAAAAGAAUGAAGUUCAUUUCAGAAUUAUUGGCUUUCGAAAAGUUUAAAAUUUGCGAUUGGCAUUUAAAUACACGCGGUAGCGACAAUUUCCGACGACCGCCGACGGAUAUCCGAUUGCCGACUUCAGACAGAUCUUUUUCAAACAUGAAAACAAAAAGGAAAAACAUAUUUCGCUAGUAUUGUGCUAAUUGUACAGUAAUGUAGUUUUGAAAGCAAAGUAGAUGUUCUCCAUUUUAUGGUGUAAUGGGAAACUGUUUUGACUGCUUUGGUUCUGGUUCAAGCCCUGAAACGCCAGAUCCUGAAGAGAGGAGGAGGAGACAAGAGGCAGCUGCCCUUAAACGGCAAAGAGAGAGUGAAGGCAGAGGCCUAAAGGACCCUGAAGGUGUUAAAAGGAAAAGGCAAGAAGCAGAGAGGACAGCAAUAAAUGACAGACAAGGUGCCAGUGGUGGUGGUGGACUCAAGUGGACUGUUGGGUAAACAUUUGGACAUACUGUACCAAAUUAUUGUUUAAAGGCAAAAUACAAGUAGGCAAUACAACACCUAGACUGUAAUUGUACACAGUCACACUGUCUGAUGUUCAUUUAGCACUGUGCAGGAAAUAACCAAGCUAUCAUGAACAUUAAUUGUACAAUUGUCAGUGGUUCUAAAAGUAAUAAUUUAAUUAAAUAAUGUAAGGUCAAGGACAAUUGUUGUUAUAUAGCUGUAAUUGUAUAAUAAAAUGUAUUACAAAGUAAUCACAGUGCAAGUGAUCAUUAUCCAUUUUGUUAAAGUUCUUUUUUUUGUAACAGUGUGAAAUCUUUUAGAUUAAUCAGAUAU